UGUUCAUUUUACACGAGUUAAAUCCUAACAAGAUGUAUGUGAAGAAAGAAAUGCGAUUUGUUGAAGACUUUUGGUAGUAGGGCUUGAUUUUAAAGUGAGACAGUAAUACGUAUCUGUUUUGUAUUUCAUAAUUUUUUUUAAAUAUAUAUCUUUGUUUACUUUACUUUUUUUCAAUGACAGCAACAGUAGGAAGGAAGUUAUAACUAUUAUCCUCCACCACUUGUUGACGUAUUGCGAGGCUAUGAGCAAGAGGUACAUCUUGAUAUCUUAUCCUGAUAGAACUUUUGGACAACUGUUUCAUAUCAAAACUAUCACACACCUUGAUCCUCUGUUUUAAAAAGCUUAAUAAAUGGCAUCAUCUUUUCUUCACACAACUCAUACACAAUCUACCAAAAUUUCAAAGCCAUCAUCAGGCAUACCUGCAAACUCCAAAUCCAAUAUCAAAUUUACAUCAAUCCAAAUUCCUACUCAUAAUCAACACAAACACUGCCAUAUAUCCUGCAUUCCUCGAAGUCCUAAUGUUCCCCUCAAAGCUACAUCCACAUCUAUUCAUUCUUCACUCUCUUCCCCUAACCCACCCAUAUCAAAGGAAGAUGCCAUAUUUCAAGCCAAAACAUCCCUUUCAACUACCUUAGAGAAGCCCCUCAACAACCCCAAACUAAUAGGAAAAAUCAAGAAACUGAGGCAGCCCAAAUUCCGGGUCGAAAUUCCGGUCGUCGAUGACUCUCCAGAUUCACUUUCAAAACUUGCUCUUGAUAUUUUUGGGGACAUACCCAUCAAAAGAAAAGGCUCUCUCAUUAAGAUCUUAAUCCUUUGGCCUAAUGAUAGUUUAAAAAAAGCUGCCUUUUUUGCAUUUCAGUCUCAUUCAAACAACCAAGUUGAACACAUUGACAUUCCUUCAGUUGCAAAAACUAACCCCAAAGUCUUGAAUUCUGCUGAUGUGGCGAUAUUUUUGGUGCCAGAGAGUACCCAAUUGAAAAUGGUGAAAAUGGUGAGUGAUGCUUUUUAUCCAAAGCCAGUGGUUAUGUUGAACCCAAAAUGGGCAUUUGAGGAAGAGGACAACUUUGGUGAUCUAAGUGGGUUUGUGAGUUCUUUUGAAGUUGUUUAUUCUUUUAUGGGGUUGGAGGUGAGAGGGAUCUUGAGCAAAAGAAAAGGUGUGAUUUUUAAGUGUGUGAGAGAUGGGGUUGUGAGUGGAGAGAAGUGGAACGUUCUUGUAGAAGAAGAGGGGGAAAUGAAGGUGAUUUCUUCAUUCAAGGUUAGGCCAACUAUUGGUCAAGUUGAGAAUGUUUUGUACAAUUUGAUGGCAAUCAAUUCGCCUUUAACCAAGUCUGCAAAGUUCAUCAAGGAAUUGGUAUCAAAUGUGACAGGGAAAAAGUGAAAUGAACUGAAGGAUUGAUCUUCAACUUCAAGGUAUCUGAUUCACAUGAAUUGUGAAUACAACAUGUUUGUGAAUAUGUCACAUUGAAUGUAGAGCACUGGUAUGAAUCUAUAUGACCAUUAUAUGAAGAUAACAUGUAGUUGUUCUCACCAAUUUUGAAUGAGAAAUGAAAUUACUUUCAAGGGAUAACCUUAAGUUCUUGAUAUUCUGUGUAAUUAUAUAACAUUUGAUGUUAUGUAAGUAAAAUGCAAGAUACUACUGUCUAAAUAUGAAAUACAAGAUAAUAAGCUCUCUUGUUAGCUUGA